GUAUUACCAGCUUUUAUUUUGUGCAUGUUUCCCGGACGUGACGUCUUACCUGCUUUGUUUUCAUUGGACGCCAACGGAAAGUGACAAUAUUAACGUUUACCGAUGAACCGCAGGAGAAACAAGUGUGUCUCUUACUCACAGAACUGGAAUGCACCAUCAGGUGGACAGAGGGGGAAACAGAGAUGUCAAAGUGAAAGCAAACCCCAAAAGAAAGGGGUAGAACAAGAAGAGCAGGACUUUGGAAAAGGAGGAAAGGAAGUGGUUCCUAGAGGGACUUGUCCAACCAUGUGCCCUCAUAAGGAACUGUUGAACCGUGAGUCUCAGAACCGGCUUCACCGUUUCGAAGUGGUCCCAGGAACAGAGAAGUCUGCAAAGCCAAGGGGAGAUCCCCUGCGUGCCGUCAAAGAAUAUUCUAGACCAGCAGCAGGGAAAGAUGUGACAAAGCCCUCUGACCUGCGACCACCUGAUGUGUUGCUGAAGACUGUUUUCUAUCUCAUUGAUGAGCUUGCAGGGUCACCUAGUCUGCAGCCAUGGACUGAGGUGUACAGCUUUGUGUUUGAUCGACUGCGUAGCGUGAAACAGGACAUGAUCGUCCAAAGGUUGUCUGGAAAGGACUGUGUGGCCAUUUUGGAGUUAACAGUGCGUUUCCACAUCUACGCUUCAUAUCGGCUUUGUGGUGAACCCCUGCAGAUUUACGAUCCACGCAUCAACGAUACACACUUACAGGAAUACCUCAGUUGGCUGUUGGACUGCUACAAAACUGGAAGUGGACCAUACCCAAACCAAGAGGAGUUUCAAACUCUUGGUUUGCUCUACAAUCUGGGGUCAAGUCUUGCCACACAGCAUAUUUUGGAACUCCCUGAGCGCCUGCGCCAAGCUCCUUCAAUCAAGCUGGCUUUAGCAAUCAAUGAAGCAUUUCAGGCUGGAAACCCUGUGCGAUUACUCCGAUUAGCCCAGAAGCUGGACUUCCUGCAGGCCUGUGCGUUGCACCGCCACCUGCUGACAUGUCGCAGACGCUUACUGCUCAUAUAUUGCCACGGAUACAACAGCCGCAACUGCCGCUUCCCUCUUGAUAGACUAGCACAGCUCUUGUGCUUGGAAACAUCUUUUACAGCCAAACUUUGCCAGCUGUAUGGCAUUGAGGUGAAUCCGCAAAACCAGGUGUUGUUUUCUAAAAGUGCUUUUAAUGAACCGGAACAAGAGAGGCUGGAUUGUAAAGUGUAUCACAGCAUAGUGUCUGAGAAACAAAGAGGUCUCACAGUUAAGAGCAUCAUUCAUGGCUGCGUUUGAUACAAAUAUUUGGCUUCUAAUAAGUUUUUGAAUAAAUGGUUUGAUUUUGUAACACCAACAUCUUCAAGUUUCUUUUAAAUCUUUAGCACAGAGUUAAAACUGGAUUUUUCAUUUGAUAUUCUUAUUCUAUUGAGAAGUCGAUUAAUGAUUAGCUAACAAAAACAGUUUUUAUAACUGAUUGCAGAUUUUUCAAUGUUCAGCCUUUAAGACCGACAUCAGUAUUCUUACUCUGAAACACUGAAAUAUAUAUAUAAUAUUAUUUCUUGUUAAUGUGUUGUUUUUUUUAUCACUGAAUGUAAUUAGCAGUUAACCAUAGAGAGAGUCAGCAUGUUCAAUUCUAAAGGCUCACUAUGGUAUUAAAUGCUGGGUUAUUUUACCAUGUUCUUAUAAUCUCAUUAGCAUUCAGGGAUUCUGGAUUUGGAUCGAUGUGUAUUCAUUUUUAUUGAUCCACCAGCUAACUGUGAAUUCAUUUCAAUAAAUAUUUUUUAACAAAGCUGACCUUCCUCUUGUUUGUGUGACUGCAGUUUGCAUAUAUGUCAUUGCA